CUUCUCUUGCUCUACUCGCGCUUCUAAUCUAAUCCCGGAUGAUGUACGACUCCAUUUUGAAUCCUUGUGCAAGUAUAAGCAUUUUUUUGGAAUCGAAUUAUUAGAAGUGAUCCAGGAAAUGUUUUCGAAAUUUGUCAGCAGGCUGUACCGCUUUAAUACAGACAUCAUUAAGUGCGGUGUACAUAAAUGCUCGACAAUUUCAGACAUAACGUCGAAAGAGGAGGUUGGAAAUCGUACAAAAGUACAGGGAUGGGUACGCGCACUCCGAAAGAUGAAGGAUAACAUCUUUGUUGACAUUUCCGAUGGAUCAAGUUGUGAAAUGUUACAAGUUGUUAUACCAAAGACUAUUAAACACGAUAAUGUACGUUACGGAUGUAGUAUCAGCGCGGAAGGAGAAUUAGGCAUAGCUCCCAAUGGUAAAACUGAAUUACGUGCGACUAAUGUUCACGUAAUCGGUACAUGUGAUGUCGCAGAAGAUGAAUAUCCUUUCGCACCGAGAAAGAAAUAUGAUCAAGACUAUGUAAGACAGUAUUUACAUUUGAGACCAAGAACACGCAGCUUCUCUAGUUUAUUGAGAUUGCGUGAUCUUGCCACUGUGGUGAUUAAUGAUCAUUUAAGAGAUAGAGGGUUUAUAAGUGUACACACACCAAUUCUGACAUCCAAUGAUUGCGAAGGUGCGGGUGAAGUGUUUAUUGUUAGACCGCAUUCAAAAGAGAUUUUGAAAGAUAUGAAAAAGGAAAAUCAAUCAGAAGAUGAGAUUUAUUUUAAUACAACUGCUUUUCUUACUGUUUCCGGACAGUUGCAUUUAGAAGUUGUAGCUAGAGCUCUUACGAAAGUGUACACUUUUGGACCCACGUUUAGAGCAGAAAAUUCUAAAUCGAGAUUACAUUUGUCAGAAUUUUAUAUGCUAGAAGGAGAGAUAGCUUUUAUUACGCAUAUUGAAGAAUUGAUAAAGGAAGUUGAGCUUUUAGUAAAAGAAGUUACUAAACGGAUAGUUGAAAAGGGAGCUUCAGAUUUGUAUUCAAUUGGUGCCCCUGAAUUGCGGUGGGUGAAUAAAACAUUUGGAUGUUUAACAUAUGAAGAGGCAUUUAAUGUAUUAAAUAAUCACGCGAAUAAGUUGCAACGACCCAUUAAAUAUGGAGAGGCGUUUUCAAAAGAACACGAAUUAUUUUUAGUAAAAUAUAAUGAUGGAGUACCAAUAUUUAUCAUAAACUGGCCAAAAGACAUUAAAUCAUUUUACAUGAAAGAAUGUACUGAUGAUUCAUCUAAGGUAGCAGCACUGGACCUGUUAGUACCGGAUGUUGGUGAAAUGAUAGGAGGCAGUAUACGUGAGGAUGAUUAUAAGAAAUUAAAGUUAAAACUACCUCCUAUGGGAAAUCUUUCAUGGUAUUUAGAAUUACGUAAAUAUGGGAAUGUGCCAACAGGUGGUUUCGGAAUGGGAUAUGAAAGAUUUUUGCAAUGUGUUUUGGGAAUUAAUAAUAUCAAGGAUACUGUGCCUUUUCCCAGAUGGCCGCACAAUUGCAGUUUAUGAAUAAAGAUUUCAGGGCUGUUGUAUUUUAUUUUAUUUAUCCCUAUUGAAAACAAAUGUGGCUGUAUAUUAAUACAACACAUUUAAGCAAUUUUUUGAAUGGAAAAAUAAUGUCGCAUGUUUCUAAAAAUUAUUAAAAUAAUUAUUUAAAAUGAAUGUAGUUAAGAUAAUCAGAUUUUCUCUUAUAUUUUCUAAACAGAAUCUUGAAGGGUAAAAUUACAAUCAAUAACAACCAUUUAAUCUUGAAUGCAUAGUUUAUUGAGUAUGAAGACAUUAUAACAACAAAAAAUUAACUUUUUAUUAAUAUCUUUAUUGUGUUCAAGUGUCUUACGAAUUCAAAUUCAGGCCUUAAAUAUAGUUUUGAAAUCAUAAGUAUCAUAAAGGAUAUUGUAGAAAGGUUAAUUAAAAAGGAAGUCAAACCUGUAGUAAAUAAGUCUUCUUUUAUACAACAAAAUAAUGUUUUCUAAUA